AUGGCAUCCAGCAAUUUUUCUGCUCCUAAUCCUCCAAUCUUCACUGGAGAAAAUUAUCAAGUAUGGGCUAUCAAAAUGAGAGCUUAUCUAAGGGCCUUGAGUUUGUGGGAAGUUGUUGAGAAUGACGAUGAUCCUGCUCCUCUUAGACAAAACCCAACAUUGGCACAAAUUAAGAAGUAUGAAGAUGAUUUAGCAAAGAAACCCAAGGCAUUGGCUAUCAUACACUCGGCAAUUUCAGAUGUAAUCUUCACAAGGAUAAUGGCUUGUGAAUCACCAAAAGAAGUAUGGGAUAAACUGAAAGAAGAGUUUGAAGGCAAUGAUCGAGUAAAGACAAUCAAGUUGUUAGCUCUCAAAAGAGAAUAUGAAAUGUUAAGAAUGAAAGAUGGGGAGACAAUCAAUGAGUUUGAGUCCAAGAUUUCAGCAAUUGAGGAAUCUUGCGACUUGAAACAUUUGUCAGUUGCAGAGCUUAUUAGCAAAUUGCAAGCACAAGAGCAAAGGACCUCUAUGAGGUUAGAAGAAACUGUUGAAGAAGCAUUGGUCUUAAAGCAUAAAUACAAGAAAAAUGGUGGUAAGAAAUCUGCUGGUGAUAAGGAAAGUAAAGGGAAGGCUUCUACAGAACCUCAAAAGAACGGUAAGUUCCCACCAUGUGGAAUUUGCAAAACAACCAAUCACCUAGAGAAAGAUUGCUUUUACAAGGGUAAACCUCAGUACCAGUGUAGAUUUUGCAACAAAUAUGAGCAUAUUGAAAGAUACUGCAGAUUGAAGAUGGAUCAAUAUAAACAGUAG